AUGUGUAAAGAGGGUGAGUUUGCAUUUACUCCACAAGGAAGGAAGACUAAUGAGAUUGCAGAGGUGAGGCGAGAUCUCGUCACGGCGACGUCAGCCAUUGCAGGGCUGGCCAGUCUUGUCUUCGGUCUCUUCACCAAUCUCCCUAUAGCCCUCGCACCUGGCAUGGGCCUCAACGCCUACUUCGCCUUCCAAGUAGUAGGCUACAACGGGUCUGGCAGUAUCCCCUACGGCGUCGCAUUAACAGCCGUCUUCACAGAAGGUCUCAUCUUUGUCUUCCUCGCACUAACAGGCAUGCGACAAUGGCUCGUCAAACUCAUCCCGUCAACUAUAAAAUCUGCAACGGGAGCUGGUAUUGGUCUGUUUCUCACUGAGAUCGGCUUGUCUUAUGGUUCGGGUAUUGGUGCUAUUACUGGUGGUUUUAACGCGACGCCGUUGGCGAUAGCUGGAUGUCCUGUUGAGAGGAUUAAUCCGGAUACGCAGAUGUGCGAGGGCGGGAUAAUGACUAGUCCAAAGAAAAGUAGGCGAGAUACUGCUAUCACAUACUUCCCUCACACACCAGAAGGAGACUCCCGCUUCGAGCUCUUCCGCAAAGUCGCUGCUGUCAAUCCCAUGAAGCAUACCCUCAACGCUCUUGACUGGAACGUCGGCCAACACGGUACUCAAUUCGCCCUCGCCCUCUUCACCUUUCUCUAUGUCGAUAUCAUCGAUGCAACAGCAACGAUGUUUUCGAUGGUCCGCUUCUGUGGCGUCGUGGAUGAUCGAGAUGGAGAUUUUCCUCGUUCAACACUCGCAUACUGCUGUGAUGCAAUCAGCAUUUCGAUCAGUGCGCUCUUUGGUUGUUCACCCGUCACGGCGUUCAUUGAGAGCGGCGCUGGUAUUGCUGAGGGCGGACGCACGGGUCUUACUGCCAUGACUACUGGGUUCUUGUUUCUUUUGUCAAUUGUAUUUGGGCCGAUCUUCUCUUCUGUGCCGCCGUGGGCAACUGGACCUGCUCUUAUUCUGGUUGGAUGUAUGAUGGCUCGUCAGAUCACUGAGAUCAACUGGCGCUACAUCGGCGACACCCUCCCCUCAUUCGUUGUCCUCGCCUUUGUCCCAUUUUCAUACAGCGUAGCCUACGGCAUCAUCGCGUAA